AUGAAUGCAGUGCUGGAGAUGAUGAAGGAAUUCGUGGGAGAGGGAGCAGUAGGAGGUAGGCCUACUGAGUCUUGUGACGGACCGGUAGCAAUUAGGAAAGUGAAAGAACAAGUGGAUGAGAGUAUGAGUGAUAAAGGUGAUUUGAGUUUGAUAAGUAAGGGAAAGAAGGGGAAGACACAGGAUAAGGAUAAACCUGAGGAUGAGGAUAAGAAGGGGCCUGAGGAAAAGAAGAAGACUAAAGAAAAGAAGGCUAGUAAGGAUGACGGACAGGAUGAGACUAAGACUGAAUACGUUGGGGAAAGGGCUGAGAGUGAUUUAGAUAGUGGUGAGUGGAAACAGGUAGGUAGAAAGAAGAAGGGUAAGAAGAGUGUAAUCAAGAUCAUGGAUGUUAGUAUGGAAGUUGAUUCAUUGUAUUCAGAAGAGGUUAAGAGGGAUCAGAAUGGAAGUAGCGAAAGUGAGAGCGAGAGAGAGCAAGAAGUACGAAAGUCUGGGCAAGAGAUUUGGGUAGCUUUUUGA